AGCGCCCGGGGAGCUUGUCUGCAGCCGCUGCCUGAAUGCACCUCGCUGUCCGCAGCCGGGCCGCCCAAUAGGGCGCAAGGGAGAAGCUUGGCUGCCUGAGCCUGGACAGUUUCAGACAGUACAGUCUCACUACAUGGUUUGAGAAAUGGCUGUAGACAACCACACACAACGCAGUUACUCCAUCAUCCCAUGUUUUAUAUUUGUUGAGCUUGUCAUCAUGGCUGGGACAGUGCUGCUUGCCUACUACUUCGAAUGCACUGACACUUUUCAGGUGCAUAUCCAAGGAUUCUUCUGUCAGGACGGAGACUUAAUGAAGCCUUACCCAGGGACGGAGGAAGAAAGCUUCAUCACCCCUCUGGUGCUCUAUUGCGUGCUGGCUGCCACUCCAACUGCUAUUAUAUUUAUUGGUGAAAUAUCCAUGUAUUUCAUAAAGUCAACAAGGGAAUCCCUGAUUGCUGAGGAGAAAACAAUCCUUACAGGGGAAUGCUGUUAUCUGAACCCCUUACUCCGAAGGAUCAUCAGAUUCAUAGGGGUGUUUGCUUUUGGACUUUUUGCUACUGACAUUUUUGUAAACGCCGGGCAAGUGGUCACUGGUCACCUCACACCCUACUUCCUGACAGUGUGCCAGCCAAACUAUACCAGUACAGACUGCCGGGCACACCAACAGUUCAUCAGCAACGGCAACAUCUGCACCGGGGACCUGGAAGUGAUUGAACAGGCGCGGAGGUCCUUCCCCUCCAAGCACGCUGCUCUGAGCAUCUACUCCGCUUUAUACGCCACAAUGUACAUCACAAGCACAAUCAAGACCAAGAGCAGUAGGCUGGCCAAGCCAGUGCUGUGUUUGGGGACCCUCUGUACAGCCUUCCUGACGGGCCUCAACCGGGUCUCAGAGUACCGGAACCACUGUUCCGAUGUGAUCGCUGGCUUCAUCCUGGGCACCGCAGUGGCCCUGUUCCUGAAUCACUCGGCCUCCAUGACCGAAGUAACCUGAGAUGAACGAAGAGAAGCGGCUGUAUUUGGUUUCUUUCUUUUUUUUUCAACAACCUUCCAGUUCAAUACUUCAGAACACACAGUGACUCAGUCCAACUGUGAAGACAAGUAUUAUGUUUAUCUAGUUAGAGGCUAAUGUUUUGUACAUUUUUUUGUAUUAAAAAGUGAUGUAGCUUGCCCUGAUCUUUUUUUUUUGUCAGCUUUAAUAUAUUUAUGCCAGAAUUUUAAAACCAACAAAGUUUUUCUCUCGUUCAAGUGUGCAUUGAAGAAUCACAUAUAUUCAAUGGGUGAUGUUGUUUUUGUGAUAUUUGUACACAAAUCUUUUCUCAGUUUUAUAGACAGAAAUAAAGUGAGCGACCCACUUUUAACUUUUAUUAUCACAGUUGCCGCCUCCUCCAGAACCUCUAAGUUUUAAUGAGAGUUAAACUUUUGAGUGACAGGAAGGACCAUGGUGGUUAAUUAUAAAUUUCAAAAUCAAUCAUGGGGGGGGAGGAAUAUUUGGAGAGAACAGCAUGUUCUGUUCUGUUAAUAGUUAUUUGCGUGUCAAGUUAAAGUGACAGUGGUAGACUAGUGAAGAUUCCUAGUUUACUAACUAAUGGCACAGACGCCAAUAUUGCCGAGGGUUGUUUUGGUUAUAUGACUCUUUCUUAGUUAAUGCCCUUGCCCACCGAAGGAACUCAAGGUCGGUCUGGAGUUCUGUCCUUGGGCAGGCAGAUGACCCUGUAGCCUUCGAUCCAAAAGAGCAGCUAACACCAGCCUUCCCUGCCAACUCAACAGUUUUGUAUUCAUACUGUAUGGACUUUUUAUGAAAAAGAAUAUUUUACAGUUUGCACAGUAUUAUUUUACAGAAAGGAUAUCAGAGCAUCCACAGCGUAGCGCCCACAUCAACAUCUUUACUUGGGAGCUUCUAACUGUUUCUGGGCUUUAACCGCAUCCCGUUUUCUAGCAUGGUGAUAAACGUGUCGCUCCUUUGAGAAGGAGUGUCCUAUCUGUAUCUAUCAAAAUGUUUUCUUGAGACAUCCAUGUCAGCUCUUCUUAGCUUUUUUUUUGUACAUAUUUUUUUUCUAAAUAGAAGAAAAAAGUUAUCAUAAAGUA